AUGUUUAAAAGUUGUUGUGCUCGACCGACUAAGAAAUUGGGCAAGAGCAAAUCCAAACCAGAAGACAUGGCUUCUUUGUCUGAAUCGAAUGUGCAAAAUAAGCAAAAUGUGAAUGAAAAUAGUGAAAAUGACAACAAUAAAAAGAGCGAUAGCGCAACGAAUACAGAAAAUGACGACAAUAAAAAGAGCGAUAACUCAACGAACACAGAACCCGAGUCAAAGGAACAUGCUGACGAUAAAGAGAUUAUAAUUAAGGUUCCUUCGUAUACCAUCGCUAAUGCUGAGGGAAAUAAUGUUCUUGAGGGAUCGGCUAAUUGUGAUACAGAAGUCGAUGAUAUGGUACUGAAAAGUAAUAUAAUGAAAAAACGAUAUUCCGUUGAUUAUAAAACGUCUCGAAUGGAUUUUAAACGUUUUUCAAUAGACUGUAGUCGCAAUGUUGCUACACUGGAAGAACUGGUUAAUCUUGAAAAGGAAUUAGCUCGAACAAACGUUGACGUACGUCCAACAGGUAGACGGAAAUCUACCGGCAUCUUGAAAUUUACCGCGACCAGUAACAACGACAUAGCUGAACAACGUCCGACGAAUGUGCAGGAGUUAUGUUCAGACGACGAUGAGGUGUUUGAAAAAAGUGUAGAAAAACUUGGUGAGAAUGAAGGGCCGCGAGAGCCCCCGGCUACGCCUGUGGGUCGUGACGAACUGGCUUUAAGGAGGCACAGGUUCUUUUCAGACCUUGUUUGCGCUGCUCGAGCAGCCGUAGAGCAUCGCGUUCGAUUUGAUCCUCUUGGGCCUGUUGUUGCAGAUCCCGGUGAGUUUUAA